UAUUAUUAGGGUAUAGGGAUGGAGUUAAAGAUCAGUAGCAAAGCAGUAGAAGCAUAAGCAUAAGCAGAAGUAGAAGCAGCAGCAACAUCAAAACGUGAUCGUGUGUAGUUGAUCGAGUACUUUGUAGUCGAGUAGUAUCAAGAGGGGUUUGUCGACUACUACUUUCGCCUGCCUUGCCUUGAUCAACUAAACCGACUACCUCAUACUCAGUCUCUUCAAGUCCUUUAUGCGACACACAUCAUUUUACUCAAGUACUUGGAUCACCACGACAUCAUUUAUUAUUUUAUUGGCUAUUAUCGAUUUAUUGAUCAUUAACUAUUAACUUUCGGGUGUUUUGUCCGCCAAUUGCUUCUGAGGACUAAUAACUACUGAAAUGUUGAUGAUUAAUUUACGGCUGGUUAUCGUGACUAUUAUUCUGACGCAGCGCAAGUAUCUCAGUGCUAGGGGUGAAGAUGCCUUACAAAUUCGGCAAACCUUUAAUUCUAAUAAUAAUAAUAAUAAUAAUCGACGUGAUAGUAUUAACAAAACGGAUAUGUUGUAUCCUGAACAUCAAAUACCUGCUGUUAUUCAACCUGGAAAUAUAUCCAAGUUUUACUAUCUCAGUCACAGAGACGGGCAUCCUCUUACACUUAUUGUCACACCCUGCAGUGGAGCUAUUGAGUGGACUGUCAACUGCCUCGAGGCACCACCGGAUAAUCGACAAGGUGAAGCUGAAUCAGCAGCAUUGACACGAUGGCCAGUAAACGCACUUAUACCGGGAUCACCGUUAUUCAGCUACCAGGGCGACGAGGCGCAAAACUUUACGAUCCCGCGAGUCCGUGCGGGACUUUACAGACUUGAGAUAAAAACUAAAGAUGUAACUACCGAUGCCAACAUUCUUGAUAGAUCGCCGAAGACGGUCUUGCUCUACGCAACCUCCAGUGCUCUGGACCAUCUCCCGGUCUCUUAUGAGAGCUCUCGCGGGAAACGACACCGCGCACUUAGAUUUCAGCCAAGAAGAAAUCGACGUCGGCUUACUGUUUCCUGGAGUAAAAGCCAUGUUGAUCCGCAUUCAUCCAACUACUGUCUCGCAGUGACUUCUGGAGGCAGUCAGCACCCACCAACUCUCUGUGCAGCCCAAAAUCUUCUAGAAACCCACUCCCGGCCGAUAAAAACCUAUGGUUCCUCCAGAGAACACCAGCACCGUGGCGAUCCUGAGGGCCUGCAUUGUUUUAACCAGACGAAGCUCACCCUUCAUGGCCUGAAAUACAACACCACGUAUGACUUCACUCUUUAUGUGGUGAGCACGAGAAAUAAUGUUUCAACUCGAGUGUCCACGGAGUCAUUCAAGUUCCGACGAACUCCAGCCCAGGUGUUGCGAACUGGUCGUUACGUCACCGCCAAUUUGGGAAAAUACGACGGAUUCAUGAAUUUUCAGUACCAGCCUCCGCACAAUGGAUCUACGGAGUUUUAUAUUUUUCCUUGUGGAGGAGGAAUUGUAUGGGCUAAACUUCGGGGGCCAUCUGGAGUUAUCAAGAAAAAAGAAGUAAUAGGACACGCUUCCUUAAGAGCUCCGUCCUUAGAACCAGGAAGCCGCUACACCCUGGGAAUCUACGCAACUCCCCAGGAACUGACAAAAGUGUCUUCUGUAAAAGUUCUAGCCACGCCAGAGGGUUCCAUCUUGUACCCCGAACAGGUUCCCACAAAAAGUCUGCCGCGGGAGUAUCGAUCGCUCCGCAAGUGCCACGAAGUGACAGUCGGCGUAGAAUCAGCGGGGGCGGCUAAGUACUGCGUCCUGGUACGGGAGUUACGAGGCUCGUCUGCCGCGGGGAUCGCGAGCAUACCUGACCAGUGUGGACUCCAUCGACGACGCAGAUCCGAGUACACUCUGGAGCAGUGCGAGGACAGGGCGAAUCCUCCCGACAACCGCGCGCUCCUCUUCACCGUGAAAAGACUCCAGCCCGCGAAGGCUUAUCUUCUUCAGAUUACUGCCCAAAUAAAUGGCCAGUCGCUUUCAUAUCCGCUUAUUGACGUACACACUCGGAGAUGUCAGCUCUAAUUAAUUAAUUAGUUGAUUAUAAACCUUGUACAUAUUUUAAAAACGUAUGCAUGUAUAUAUCAAAGUGUGAAUGAUAUUUCUUCUUUAUCGCUAAUGUGUAAUGUAUUUUUUUACUCCGUUGAUC